AUGGGAAGAGGGAGGAUCUGCUCCUCCCCGCUCGCAGCAGGUCGAGCCGGGGGCGAGCAGGAGGGGCGCGGUGGAGGCCCCCGCUGCCUUCUUCUGCUCCUGCCAAGGGGAACGGGAGGGGGUGGAGGAGAGGGAGCCCGGCUGGCUGCCGCGCCGUCGCCAGGAGUGCCUUCGCCGCUGCAGUCGCCGCCGUCGCCCGAGCGCACGCGCGCCGCCGCCGCUGCCGCCAUGUUUCUUCGGAAUGGAUUGGGGAAGCGGGAGAGGAAGGCGAGUGAGAGUGACGCCGUCCCGGAUGGGGCUAGCGGUGGCGCGAGGGAGCAGGGCUGGAGGUGGCGCGAGGCGACGGCCGGCGACGAGAACGGGGAAGGGGCGGGGGCGCGAGGUGGGGGCGGAGCAGGGGCGGGGCGGGGGCGCGAGGCGGGGGGAAGCGCAUACUGCCACGUCGCAACAAGGGAGCUAGAUGCCGAGUUGUAG